GUGGCUGUUUCCCUCUAUCUCUUCAGUUUAAAUCUAAACAAUCUUUCAAAUAUAGAAACUCCGGAGAAACGAACUUGCUAAUUUUGCAAGUUGAUCUUUUAAGCCUCGUUAUGGUGUAGCGAAGUAAAUUGCCACAUUGACUAAUACUGUAUUCCAAAUGUUUAAUUGGCCUCCUAGGUUGAUUGAAGGCAAUCUACAACUUUAAUGUAGAUUUCGCGACCAUGCUAAAGUCAGUUUAUUUUAUAUAUUUGUCAACGUAACUCGACUGGGAAGCUGAUACCAAUAUUUAUUCAAAAUAACUGUUAAGAUAUUUGUCUCCCUCGCACAUUCCGUCCAAUUUACCUGUCACUGUGUGAACAUCUGCUUCACGUAGGUUUUGUCUUAGCAAAAUAAGUCUAGAAGGUCAAUGCUCUAUUUUUCUUCGUGUUUAAGCAGCCGGGCUACGUGUUUUUAAACCUGCGUGAAAGAUCAUGUCUGUCUUGAGAAAUGAUGUCAACAGAGCGACUCUUAUUUAACCAAAACGUAGUUAUAGAAUUUGGAUACAACGCCAGCUUCUUCUCUUUUCUCGCCGGGCGGCAUCAGGGAAAAUGUCAUCUCCGUUGUUCUGCCUCGCUAUUCUUACAUUGGCUUCAUUGACUUCUGCUGAGUAAGUACCAACAAACAUAACAUUUAUUGAUAUGAACAUUAGUACAUUUCUUUAAAAAGAAACCGCUAUUUUAUCUCAAUGAAAAUUAAAUUUUCCAUAUGAAAAGUUCGAACGACAAUAAACUAACACCAGGGUAUAUUAGCUUUUUUGUAAAGUAGUAUUACCUUCUUAGUGAAUAGAAUAGUUUUAAUGAUUCAGUUUUUAUUAGAAGUGAUAAACCGAGGAAUAUAUAGUACCCAUUUGUGCGUAUGGUAGGCGCAUUUAAAGAAUCAAUUCCCAACGUUACGAGUUGCGAUCAAAGGAGUUGUUAGAAGGACGUUUUCUUCGCUUAAGACUACCAUCGUAGAAUAGCUUUCACUCUCUAAGCUAUUAAAACAUACCUAUAAAUUUUUACUUGCCCUUCAGUGUUUUCAACGGUUCAUAAUGGGACAUUUAGUUUAACAGAUUAUUGCUUGUCAACCUCCUUUUUUUUCAAGACAUUCGCUAGGAAAUAAAGCAGCGACUGACAUGUAAAUUAUGAUAAAGCAGGCAUACCAACCAUCGUUUAUCGUUUUUUAAAGUUUUUAGAUCUGAUCUUGAAUACAUUAUCCAUAAUUGAAGAAUAAACUUCAUUGAGAAACAACAAGCUCAUAGAGAAAAAAAAACACUUUUACUAAAUUUUGCCUCCCAAAGUCAUUUCUUUUUUAAAAGAGACUAAAAAUCGUUUUGUGUUAUAAAAUUAAAAUAUACACCCUGUGUUUUAAGUCGAGUAAAAUUUAUAAAACGUUGUGGGCUGUUUUCCUAACGACGUUUUUAUUGCAUGUCUACUCAUACUCAGUGACAUCAUCAAGCACGUUUUCCUGCCUUUUAUAAACAGCUGGUCUGAUCAAAGUUCAUCUUUACUUUGCUCGCCCAAGCAUCUAUUUUUCUUCCUUUUUCCUUAAUUUCCUUUGAUGUUAAAAAUAUACAUAUGCAUACUUUUCGAACAAUCGUUUUGAAUUCAUUGUUUUAAAUUAAGUUCACCGAUUCUUUGCCUUUUAUGCCAGUGAGCUUCAAUAAAAUUUUAACUGAAUUCUCAUUGCAAUUAAACCUUUAUUUUUAAAAACUCCAUUAACCUUCAGCUGCUGAAUUUAGAGGAAAUGGAAGUCUUUAUUUAAAUUUUUGUGACAUUUUAUAUUCUUUUCCACGCGACUGUUCCAAUUUUGUCAUACCCGCAAGCGAUUUAAGAACUUGAUCAAUAAGUAGAGAGGGCUUGUUCAAUCUAUAAUUUAGGAUUAAGAGGUUUUACAGUUUCGGUUUUUCUUCGCAUUAUAAGACCAUUUAAUUCCCACCUUUUUUUCAUAGAAGUUGGUUAUGACUUUUACAAAAUGCCUAUUAAACAGAGUUAAGCCAUUGUUUAAAUAUAUAACAAAAACGCUUUCUAAGCCAUUUUCUCUUUACCCAGCGGUUUAUCUAAACACCGUCAGUCGUGAACAUUUUCAUGGAACCAAACAGGGGCUAGAAAACAUAUAUCUUCUUGAACUGAUAUUAAGCCACUUAGGAAAAGAUCAGGAGGUUCAAUGAUUUCCUAAACCGCGACCUAAGUUUCUAGGCGCGCGUUCAUCACUACCUAGUUUGGUUGCUUUCAUGCUCGAUUUUAUAAUUUUUAUUUGACUAUGAUUUCAUGAACUCCACCAAUUUUCCCUGAGGGAUAAUUUAUGCUAUGGUUCAAUAAUAUAACCAAGGACCACUAAUGAACAAUAAAUCAACAAUGGCAUAAGAUUAGGUUAUGGCUGUUCACACGAGUAUGUUUUAGUUUCUACAGUGUGUUCUGAAACGUGCGUUAACACGAGUUUGUAAACGCAAGCAGUAGUAACGUUUUUAUACUUGUCCACAAAGAUAAUUGCUGGUUUAUUCCACAUGAGGUCAUAGCGGCAAUUUUAGUAGUCUCCCUUGAGAACUAAAUUCUAUUUUUGUGGAAAUUCUCCUCAUUGUAUUGACCAUGCAUUGUAUAUAUUGACCACCAAUACGGGCCGACUUGUCACGUGAUUGCAAACCAACAACGACAAAUCAGAAUGCGACUCGGUGCUUAAUUUCUUGUUCUGCCAUUGGUCAAUUCGGUUUUAACGACUGCCGGCCUCGUCGUCUCUGUUGUUACGUUGACGGCAUCCGGGAAUAAUAUCUCAUUCAAUAGUUUUAGUGAGCUAAGCAACUCUGCACGUGUAACAAGCUUUUCUGUAAAUUUUUUCACCGUUCCUCAACAACUACGACAAAACUACGGGGAGAAAAAAAAACAAGCUUUGGCUACGUCCACUCUAAUCCGGAUAUUUUUGAAGCGUUUUUUUUUUUUUUUUUACUUUUUUAAACAAAUUAGCCUUCCGUCCCAAGAAACCAACAGGAAGCUUAAGUCUAGCUUAAACACCCACGACGGCGACGGCUACAAAAACGUCACUUGAAUUCGCGCUGCCUCAAACUUUAUCGCGCUUAUUCCAUCUCAUUUAAUUCGUCAAAUGUGGUCAAUUUUUUUGGAAUUGAAUUCUGAAGGACUGUACCAAAAUUCAGGAAAAGAAAAAGAAAGUUGUUGUCUUGUGGUCCCGUCCUCGACAAAAAGUGAAAAUAGGCACUUUUACGUUGUAGUCGCGCAGCAACGGCAGAGAAAUGUAGAAAAAAGCCUGAUGAACGUGCAAAGUUGUUGUUUUAACAAUCUAAACCGAUUGCUUUUUUGCCGUUCUCAUUGCCAUCGCCGUCCUCGCUGCUUUAGCUCCCUAAUGAUUCCGCUCAAGGAAACCGCAUCUUUUUGAAACCGCUCCCCAGAGUGAUUUAACGUUCCGUUUACACGAUUCCGGCCUUACACCUUUAAACGCUAAGAUGAAAAUUUGAAUUCUCAUUUGUUGCCCCUAUUCAUUUCCUACAGAAGUAGUGGGGAGAAGUUGAUCAAUCAAGCAAAUUCAUCUAGUGUGAUCAUGUCUGUAAUUCUCAUGACCACUCUGUUUUACAAAGCAUUGAUAUUACAAGGAGAAAUUUGAUGCUGAUCACUCUUAGGGCUUAAGGGUUAACUUUUCUAGAGGAUGUGAUCUUGAACGCAAAGGUGAUAAAUUUUAUCGUAUCUAUUUGAGCUUAAAGUCGUCUCAUGUAAACAGCAAACAAAAAAAAUAAAAAAUAAGGGGUAGAUCGGACAAAAUGUACGUCUUUGCGAGUUGUGAACGAUACACUGAGUCAAGGCAAAAUAUUUAAGUGUGCAGGUGGGAAUUGGAAUGGUUUCAUAAUCAAGCAAGGUGACGGAGGUUCUUAAACCUCUUAAACGGAAAUUAGGGAUAAGUUCCCCUUAAAGUCAUUGUCCAAGUUUUUAAAACCUUGCGGGCAUGGAAAAGAAUUGGAGCAGUCACGUUCAAAAGAAUAAAAACAUCAUAAAAUUUACAUAAAAUAAAAUUACCCCAGUGUUCUUCAUUUUAAAUUCAGCAGCUGUACGUUAAACUGCACGGUUUUAAAAAUAGGGGAUAAUUUUUACACUGUGGCCAAGCACUGGGCAUUCUGUUCAGUAGAAAUUAAGGGAAGGUCAUUCGCAUAAAAUAAAAGGAAUCGGUGCGCUUAAAAAAAAUACUCUCUUGAUUCGGUCAACAAUACUAGAAAGAUGGGCUGGCGAAUUUAAGAAAAAAGAACGAUGGUCGUACGUUUUAAUAACCCGCUUUAAUUCGUUGGUUAAUAUCAACGAUCAAAUAUAGUGAGAGCAGAUGACACAAAGAUAGUGAAAAUCUUGCUAAAAGAAAUUGAGGCAGAACCAUUUUAUAAUCUUUAAGGAAUUUGUUGCCCAGGGCUCCAACGUAUUUUCUUUGGAGAAGAUUGAAUAAAGGUGUUUUUUUUUUUUAAAAAAUAGUACUGCAAAGGGCAUUUUCCCUUGUGGUAUCUGAUUUAACUUCCCUUUUGCCUCUUUGAAAUUAUUACGGGUGAAACAUCCGUCAGGAAAAAUGGUCGUAUUAAUCCGUUUUGACAAGAACAUGUAAUUAUAAGCCAGCUAUAUAUAUAGCCUAAAUUUCGAAGUCUAUAGGCUGUUGAGCUUCGUUUCUUUCACAAUGAAUUUGAAAACGGCUUUAUAUUUUACAACAAACAGAUGUUUUACAACGGACAAAAAAGAUCUCAAAAACUGGUUUCACGCCAACAUGCUGAUCAUCUUUUAUCAGUUGUACUAGCAGUUAAAGAAUAAACGCCUACGGUUUAAACUUUUCAGGCGCUUUUAAGAAUAAGGCAAUUGUCAAUCGCCCAAAGUCGGCUAUUCAUUAUGGCUGAUAUAAUUGAGAAAUAUAGGGGCUCUUUGGUCAGAUAAUUUUUAAUUUAACAAUUUAAAGUCAGUUUUUUAUCUCCAUUGAUAACAAAGUAGAUGAACAAAGAAAGGACGCCAACUCAACCUCUCCAUAGAAUGAAUUAAAUUGUGGAAAAACUGCAUCAAAUUUAUUCUUGUAAAAUGGAUAAAGAAGAAUGCAGUAUUUUUUUCUUUCCUUAUUUUAAAAUUAAAUUUUGGAACUUUUUAUUGUUGUCGUUUAACAGACGUGCUUUUUAUUCAAAACAAGCAGGAUAUAAUGUUGAAAAGGGCCUCUGGUGUUGAUUUCGUACUCAGGGUUACCUGUCAUAGUUCAACCAUUGGACGUUAAGGCAAACUGAUACCCCACGGUGUAACCAGGAACACAAAACCUAGGAGAUCCUUCAGUUCCUUCAGUUCGAGGCUAUUAAACGUAUCCGUGGGCGUUGGAUAUCUUUCAAGCGAAAUGAUGUGAAAUGGGCCUUGCUAACAUAUGUCUGCUGCACUUUAUCUCUUAACUGUAGACAUGCCCCCUAGCUAGAUUUCAUAAUCAAUCCAGUUAAAUUAUCAUCAUUAAUUGGCCCUUUUCUGAUCUUACUCGUCCUUGCAAGAAACCUUGACCUGUAUGGUUUAAAGGCUGAGAGUUAUCUGGCACAAAAAAAAUACCCGAGGUUCUCCAAGGCUUGCAUUGGUCUUAAAAUAUAGACUACAUUUAUAGGUAUGCCCCGGCGCUAACUAAAAGAAAUUACCGUCUUUUAGGGAAAAGGUCAUUCGUAUCUUUCCUGGAAACAAUGAACAACUUGAAUUCCUCAACUCUUUACAGGAUAACCAAGACCUUGAGGUGAACGAAGUCAUUUAACAUUUAUUUAUUUACUAAUUUGUCAUAAGCAUUUUUUGGCUCCAAAUCUUGUUACUAAGGAGUGAAUAAACAAAUACUUGUCUAACAUUGCCUUUAAAGUUGUACAUCCCUAGUUUAUGCUUUAGUUGAAGCUAUUGAUAUACAGUCGACUCUCUAUUAACGGACACCUCUAUAAGACGGACACCUCUGUAAAACUGACACCUAGAGUUGGUCCCUGCCUUUCUUUACUCCUUUUAUUUGACUCUUUAUAAGACGGACAUCUCUCUAAGACGGACACCUAGAGCUGGUCCUUGCCUUUCUUUACUCCCUUUAUUUGACUCUCUAUAAGACGGACAUCUCUCUAAGACGGACACCUAGAGUUGGUCCCUGCCUUUCUUUACUCCUUUUAUUUGACUCUCUAUAAGACGGACACCUCUCUAAGACGGACACUUAGUGCCGGUCCCAAAGGUGUCCGUCUUAGAGAGGGUUGACUGUAUAGCUACAACUUAAAUUACCCAACAGUGUUCGCUCCCAUUGACUACUUGAGGUCAUUUGACCACCUUUGCAUGAUUAAACAAUGCAACUCUAAUUUCCUGUGAGUGGAAACACUGAGCGACGUCAAUCCAUUCGUGGAAGACCUAAAUAUAAUGCCAUGGAACACUUCACAAUCUCUCUGUCAUCAUGAUAACACAUUGCUACCAUGUCUCGAAUUAUUUAUUGUCUUUUUUCUUAAGCUUAAUUUUGAAUGACCAACCAUUAAAGUCUCUCCGCGUACUUAUUUGUUUAGCUUUUGUUUGUUUCCAUUCUGUAGCUGGACUUCUGGAAAGCUCCUCAUAAAGUUGGCCUUGCUGUUGAUAUUCACGUGACUGAGCAUGCGUACAAGAUUCUCGCAGUGCAGCUGAACAAGAAAAGUAUUCAGUUUCAAAUUGUCAUUUUUGAUGUAGAGAAGUUGAUGGACGAGGAAAAUGCCGUACAGACACGAGGAAUGUUGGUCAGCUUUUACAGCAAAUAUCAUCCAUUGCCCGAGGUAAUACGACAUUUAUCUGCUAAUUAAAUGGUUUGUGUCUGCUAGGCCGCGUUGCAGCUAUCCUGCGCAUCGUCUAAGCCGUAUACAAGCGGUGUAGAGGGUCUGUGACGCAGGUUAAUGUCUGCCCGCAGCAUAGGGAAUGAAGGAACGGAAGAUACUUCACCAAACUACGGUUACCAAACUCCGUGCUAUGGCCAUUACCUUACGCGUGCGUACAGCAAUAUCCCAUCAUCAGAGCCACUGUUUUGCCCUCAUUAGGGCUCAUCGGCAGGGCAUGGCUGUCAAGCCCCUAAACCACCAAAAGGCCGUGCUCAGAUGCCUUUUACUUUCGAGACGACUACAGAAUUUGGUGAUGUGUGCUUACUUGCUGACUUUGGUCUGAGUGAUUAAAUCAAACCACAACAUGCAGACUAAACGUGCUAUUAGAAGUGUAACUUUUACAUUAUAAGGUCAUUUUUGAUUUAUGAAAUAAAAUGUCGAGGUGGAUCUCGCGCAAAUGCGUGCUUAAGGUCAUUAUUCCAGGCGGCAAUAAAUCCCAAUCUUACGGGCUGCGGGCUUAACCCUCUUGGGAUUUCUGCAUUUAAGGCCUAAAAACAAUGAUGCAAAAACGAAACGAAUUAUCCUUGAAAUGUGGUAUUCAUGGCGCGUACAUUCUUUAAACUAUGCAUUAACUGAAAACGGUUAAUUAAUAAAACUCUAGAUCGAGGAGGAGAUGCGAAACCUAGUAAACCAGAAUCCCAGGAUGGCGAGAUUGUUCAGUGUGGGAAGAUCAUAUGAGGGUAGAGAACAACGGGCUAUUGAGGUAAUUAUGAAUACCAUACACUACAGUUUUCUUUGAUUAUAUUAAUAUUUUUCCAACUACAACUGUAUGUGCUUUUUCAUCUUAACUGCAUUGAUUUAAACUGAAGUGAGGCUAAAUGUAUAAAUUCCUCCGGUUAAUAAUGAAAUUGGAUGGAUUCACUGACUGAAGAUACAAAUGUAAAUUCUGUAUAACAAGGCAAGCAUACAAACAGAAAACACGUUUUGUCGGCGUAGGACUACAAGAUGCUUUGAUGUGCAUGUGUAACUAGAGUUGGUUGAAUUUGCAUUAACAAUUUUAUUUUAGCAAACAAGUUUCGGCAGAGACCUCUCCCUUCUUCAGUGCUUUGAUAUUGAGUUUGCUCUAAAAAGCUAAUUAAAUUUUGCGUUUAAGGCGUUGUCCUUUUCUGACUUUUGCUUGUAUUUUAGCUGAAAGGCAAACCAAGACCAAACAAAAAGACUUUCUUUAUGAAUUGUGGAAUCCACGCACGAGAAUGGGUUUCGCCGGCAACCUGCAUGUACAUCAUAAAACAGGUGGGUGAAAAUUAGUCAACACAUCCACUCCUUGAGGACUGCGAAAGUUAAGCCACGGCGAAACUUCGAACUUUUCAUGAGGCGAACCAGCUCUGAUUUGGGUCGACCUAAAUUAAGUUGUAAGAUCGUCCGUUGGGUCAGAUGUCGAACUGAGGAAGCUUCGGAACCAAUCAACUAAAUAAGACCAAAAAGCAAUUUUUGGUGGCCAGCGGGUGUUAAUUAAUUAAUUUUCUCCCGAACGAGAACGAGGCUAAAUAUACAUUGUCAUACAAAAUUGUUAAUUUAUUAGUUUACUUGGUCGCUCGUGAAGAUCGACGUUUGUCCCGGAGACGAUCUUCAGACGUUCUAACAGGGGCACCCAACGAGAGUAUAGUUCAAAACCACUUAAACAUAGCUUGUUAAACGUAUUUUAGUAUUUAAACGGUAGAUAUAGGCAUAUUUUAUCCCCUAAAAAUUUUUCAUCUGUUCGGAUUUCUUAGCUGAAAGUCUAGUGAUCCGAAAAUUAUAGGGAUCAAAACUUACCUUUUCGAAAGUUUUAGCCAGAAAAAAGACUCCCGAAAAUUCUAGGUGACCUUUUUAGGGUAAAAAUCCGUUAAAAAUGGGCAAUUAUACCAUUUUAUUAAAAGUUCGAAAACCUUAGGAGAGGUAAACAAGCAAGAAUUUUACCAAAAAAUGUUCCGAAAAUUCUAGAUCUCAAAUCGUCUUCUGAACAGAUAUUUUCCGAACAUUGACGUUGGGUGCUCCUGGUUCUAUAAGUCUGAAGCAGACAUAUAAAGCGUGUUGGACGAUCCAAACUCAUUCAGACGAACGUAACUGAGCCAGACGUCGAACUUUUCAUGCGUUUGGCAUAGGCCUUAGACACCCACCAUUUCUGCCUUACUUCUGCUAUAACUGCACUAAUAAAUUAAAAUGCUUCAUGGUCUUAGAUAGCCAAACUAGACCUCUGAACGCGUUGAUUAGCCUGUUUGUGUUCAGCGGUUUAAACGUUAAAAUAAAUAGAUUGGGAUCAACUCUGCAUUAUCCACAAAUUCUCCAGAAUGAUUUCAAUACAUUUCCUUAAAUAAUUAGUUGAGAGAACUUGAUAAAUGAUCUAAGCAGUUUCCCUUUGGUGAUCAAUUUAUUAUUUGUCAUAUCAUAAUCUAUUGAUUAUGUAUUGGUAUUGUUAGGAAAAUGAUUGAUGUGGUCACUCCUGGCUUUUUAAGGAUUAAAAUCCAAGUUUACUCAUUCCAAAUAGUUUUAAAAUUAUUACAAGCAAUUUUAUGCCUGAGUUCUAAGACAAGUUGUUUAAAAAAUGAGGGAAACAGGACCCACCCAUCGUUAAACUGAGUAAACAAAGAUUUACAAAAAGGGGAGAAUAUAAAAAGUUGAAUUCUUCAGUUAAAUCUGCGUCACACAUUUAUAUUUACUUUUUAAAUGUCGUUAGAUCGUGUCCAAAUACGGAAGAGACAGCAGCGUGACAGAAAUGUUGGACAAGAUGGAUUUCGUUAUCAUGCCAGUCUUGAAUGUUGAUGGCUAUGUGUUUACAUGGAAUAAGGUACAAGUAAUGGCUAGAAACCAAUUCAUUUUAACCCUUUCACUGCCAGAGAGGAUUAUGGAGGUUUGUAAGGUGCCCGAACCUCCAUAACGGAAAAGCACAAAUACAAAGUAAGUUUGACGAAUAGGUGUUCUUUAAUCUCACCCCGCAUUCAGCAUAAAGUUGUUCGUCUUGUAGCACUAACUGUAUUCGCCGUAGGUUUCUGAUUACUUAGUUUCUUACAAUAAAACUUUCGAUAAGAGAUAGUCCGUCAGCACUCUUUCACUACUUGUGCGUCAACUUUCCCAAAUGUGUUAGCGUAACAUUUUAAGGUUAAAUUUGACCAGCAUUUUGCGCAGCGAGUUGUAUAUGAUGGUCACGACUUCAAACUAUGUCUUGCAGAAUGAUAUAAAACUAGAGACCACUGAGGCCUAUUUGCUGAACUUAGGGAAAAAUCUGUCCUGGGAUUUCAAAGUUAUUUACAUUUUUUGUAAAAAUGCGGUUUUGAAUCAUUUUGCCGAUAUCUCAAAAGUUUUAACGUGUACAAGAAAAUAGAUAAUAUUUUCUGAAAGUUCGAUCGUUCUUUGUUAAAGAUGCCAAAACUCAUAGAAAUCGGUUUAAUCUUUCCUGCUGAAAAACGCGAAUAAAAAACAUAACCAUCACGUAUAUAGAUAGGUUCGGGCACCUUGAAUGCUCACGAAAAUAAAAGUGUAGUUUUUUGUCGCCCCUGGGAUGUUGUUACCAAUUUACGAUAUUGCGUGGUAACUUCAGCUCCGAUCAAAUUUGUGUGGCAAAAAAACCCGAAAUGUGGUGGGCAGCCGCCUUAUCAAGGUGAUAAACUUGGACAACUUUAAAUUCCAAAUGACGGUCACGUGUGACUGUUUCUGUACCGCUGAAAAAUGAGUUUAUAACGUGUGAUGAAGUUUUGCAUCAAUUCAGGUUUCUAAGAAACUGCCCACCUACCCCUCCCCCCCUCCUCCCAACCCAACAUUUUGCCCUAAGUGAGAAGUAAGUGAUAAUCUUAGCUUAGGGGAGGGGUAGGUGGGUAGUUUUCCAGAAACGUAAAUUGAUCCGAACGCUAUGCACUGACCCUGAGGUUAUGGGCAGUAGUUGCUUUAGUAUUUGGCAUUUAUUUAUGAGUUCCUGUCGCAACUUAAUAGUCCAGCAGAAGAAAUAGAUUUUGGAGGAAGACCCGCAAACCAAACGAGGGAUCAAGCUGUGUUGGGACUGAUCCCAACAGAAACUGGGAUUACAAAUGGGGAUGUAAGUACACUACUUAACCUCCUUAACCGCGGUCGGCAAACGAGAGACAUUUUUGCAACAGCUUUAAAGGGAACCUCCACUUCAACAAAAAGAUAACUUUAAAUCACAGGAAAUAACUGUUACAGUCAAGUCAAUCUAAAAUAUUUUUAAAGAAAGCGUUUGUAUCCGAAAGAAAUAACUUUUAGAUUCGCCUAUUUUUGUUUUCAAAUUUUGCGGGCGUCGCCAUCUUGAAUAAUUGUGACGUGUAAUGGUUGCCCUAUUGUUAUUAAACAAAAGCUCUUUGUGUCAGAACAAUAGAGCAACCGUAACACGUCACAAUUAUUCAAGAUGGCGGCGCCCGCGAAAUUUGAAAGUGAAAAUAAGCGAUUUUAAAAUUCACUUUUCCUGAUAUAAACACUUUUUUUAAGACAAAUUUCGAACAAAUUUGUUUAUCAACAUAAUUUUAUUCGAUUUCAACUUAUUCUGUAGUAAGAGUGGAGGUUCCCUUUAACAAUUAGCAAGUACUUCAAAUCUAAGUUCGUCAUUUUAAAGUUUAAUGUAUUACCACAACGCCGGUAGUUCGACGAGGCCUGCCUGAGGUCUUUUUCACAAGACAUCGCGGCGGCCAUAUUGGUGUACCAAACAAUGGAACGGCGGCCAUUUUGGUGAAUCAAACCAAUCCUGUGGGAAUUGAACUCUUUAAUUAUGUAAAGACUUCUUUGUUCCAAGAAAUUUGCAUAGCCACGGAUCGCUUAAGUGAAAAUGAUAUCAGUUCUAUUAUACGUGAUGUGCAAAAUUUUCAAUUUUUACCUUAAUUUUGUUAGGUUUGCUCAUAUCACAGUUUAUUUAUUCUGCAUUUUAUUUACUUUCUUUCCUUCUCGAAGCUCUAAACGUGUUUACAGUCAACUCCCGUUGUUACAGAUGCGAUGAAAUAAUCCUCUUUUGAUACGGACAACUUGCUAAUAGCCAUUUUGAGGACGAAGCUAAGUCGAAUUGUAUCUUGGGAUUAUUGGGGGGAGGGGUUUUUGCCCCCAGUUUCCCGCGCGACUUUGCAAUAGCCAAUGAUAGAGGCGAUAGCGUCCGUCAAACAUUCCCAUAGUGCAUUUCGACACGGCACCGACUCAGUUCCAAGCUCAACCUCAAAAUGGCAAAUAAAGGUCAAUCAAGGUCCUAGGGAUGCAGUUGACUAUACCGCAUUUCGUUAUCUAUAGUACCAGGUGCCAGUAGCAGUCCCUGUAACGACGCUUAUCGUGGAACACAUGCAUUCUCCGAGGUGGAAGUCAGAAAUGUGGCAAAUUACUUAAAAAGAGCAAGCAGAUCAGGCAAAAUUGCUGGUUAUAUGGAUGUUCACGCCUAUAGUCAGCUCUGGAUGAUCCCCUGGGGAUAUACCAGGACACCAACUAGUGACCACGAAGAGCUGGUAGGACUUGGCACCUUUUUAUCCAUUUCGCUGUACAUGUUUGUUCAGUUUAGCGAAAUUGUGUGGAUUUAAUGGGCUGGAGAUGUGAUUUGAUUGCCAUGACAAUCGCCAAAAAUCGGCUGCAUUUCUUCUCUGGUGCUUUUGACAAAACAUGACGAUGUUAUAAAGUACUAGCAGAAACCAUGCCUUAUUUAUUCAUUUAUUUAUUUAUUUAUUUAUUUAAUCCAUUUUUCUCCUUCUAUAGAUGAGAGUGAGCAAAUCCGCUGUUACUGCGAUAAGGAACGCUGGUUACAGAACUUACUACAGAUAUGGGCCAUCAUCUGUCAUAAUAUGUAAGGAAUAUAUUUGCGGAGCCUGUUACAGGCUAUCAAUUAUAGUUGGAAGGAACGAACAGAAAAACGAACGCGCAAAGUUCGCUUUUCCUUUUCGCUCGUCGCCAUUGUCUGGAACAGGCUACUUUUAUUUCAACUGUCAUUGUUAGUAAUAUGGGCCUCAAGGGAACAAUUAGUAACUCAUCACAUUGUCAUCUAUUAUUUUUGAUUAGUAAAACAAUGAGCUUUCCGCGUUAAGCCUUGUCGUUUAAGAUGAGUGAAUCUGAAUUUAUUCAGCAAAUUCACGAACCAAAGGCCCAUAUAUCACAACCGCUAUUCCUGAAUGUUUCUUAUCUUCGGGUUUAAAUUGCAGAUCAAAAUUCUGGUGGAAGCAAAGAUUACACAUAUGGUGAACUGAAAAUCAAGUAUUCUUUCGCGCUUGAGCUAAGGGACAGAGGGCGUUACGGCUUCCUGCUACCAGCAAAUCAGAUCGUACCGACUGCGAUGGAGACAUUUGAGGGAAUCAAGGCAAUGGCAAGAGAAAUGAGGAUCUAAUGAGCUUUAAGCUGUUCGAAAAUAACCCAGUAUUUUGAAUAGAUUGUCUAUUUUAGUCAAAAUCCAGUAAUAAAGGGUUACUCUGCAGAGAAAAAAUAACGAUUAUGAAGUAUUCCCUUUUUUAUUUCUUCUUUUGACUUAUUAUUGACACACGCCGCACUGAAACAUUAA